AAUUUCAAUCUAUAAAUCUAUACACGUGAAAAUAUCCAUCGUGGGUAUGAUGAAUAUUUCGAUGAAAGUCGAAAAUAUAAUUAAUAUUUAAGAAAUCUCUAAAAGCUUAAAUCUAGCGCAUAUAGGAAAAUUAAUAAUUUUUCAAUUUGAUAACGUAAAAAUUUAAGAGUGUCGAAAAGUGAAUCAUCAGAAAUUAACAGAAAAAUAUUAAAAUUAAGACCUGUUUGAAAAAAUGACCAGAUAUGCAAGAGCAAGAGGAUCUAAAGCAUCAAAUGAAAAGUUGCCAAAUGAGGCCACACCAUGGCAUAUAAUGAAACAGCAAAUAGAAGAAAAUGGAAGUAAGAAACUGUUGGAGAAAAAGAAAUCGGCAAAAGAAUUAUUAAAGGAUCAAAAUGAUGCAUUUGACAAAAAUAUUAAUAAAAACGUUAAUCACAAUUGGGCAGAAUUUGAUGAUAAUGGAUCUAAAUCUGAUGUAAAAGAACAUAAGAAGUCAAAAUCAAAGAAAAAUCACAUGAAUUUCACCGAAAACUCUGUAAAUGAUAUCAUACCCAACAAUAAUCAUGCAAAAACAGAAGAUACAAUUGAAACAGUAGAUAAUAGAUCAGAUGGAUUUUCUAACAAAAUAAAACCAGAUAUUAAUAACUCAUAUUUAUCAUCUAGUGAAAAAGAAUCAAGAAUUUCACAAGAUGAUAAGAAUUCAAAUUCUUUUAUAUUAAGUAAACGACAGAAGCGAAAUCGAAAGAGAAAAUUGGAAACAUCUAAUGACAAGUCUAAAAAGUUUAAAAAAAAUAUAUCAGAUAAAAGUGGUAAAGUAGAAGAAAAAAAAAUUAGGGAAAGAGGAGAAUACAAAAGGAGAAAACCAAAUGUUGGCAUUACUAAAAUGAUAAUUAAUGGUGUGGAAAUUGAAAUUGUUAAGUAUGAUGGAUUUCCUGUAAAGAAGGAAGAUGCAGAAAGAUUGACAGAACUUAAACAAACAUUGAUAUUAAAGGGCAUACCAAAAUCUGAAGUGGAUAUGGCGAUGAAACUGGAGAGACGCAAGGCCGAAAAAGCUUUGACGCGCAUUAAAAAACAAGUUUGUUUCAACUGUCGCAAAUCUGGGCACAAUCUGUCGGAUUGUCCUGAGCUUGGUCGCGAUGAAGCCUGUACUGGCAUCUGCUUUAAAUGCGGUUCGACAGAACAUACUCAUUUCGAAUGUAAAGUCAACAAGGAUUCUACCUAUAGAUACGCUAAGUGCUUCAUCUGUCGCGAGCAGGGACACAUUGCUGUGGAAUGCCCUGAUAAUCCAAAAGGAAUUUAUCCCCAUGGUGGUUGCUGUAAGAUUUGUGGAGCUGUAACACACUUAAAGAAAGAUUGUCCUGAUUUGAUAAAUGGUAAAGAAGAGAGUACCAUUACAGUAGAGAAGAUAAGUGAUUCCGCUAUAGAAUCUUUACAAGAAACUAUAAAGAAGAAUGACGAGGGCAAUAAAUUGCCAAAAAAUAAAAUAAUCAAAUUUUAGAUAUAUUGAUAUCUUUUUUAGAUAUUUAUGUGAUAUCUUUAUAACAUACAACAGAUACACACAAACUUAUAAUUUUAUUAUCUUUUCUUAUUGAUAAAAAUAUAUAAAGUUUUUAAUUACUUUUGAUCUUUAAUAAGAAUCUUUGUUAUUAUUAUCACUUUGUUAUUAUUAAUUUAUGUAUAUUAAAGUUUGGAAUUCCUUGUAUUCAAAUACAAUGUAAAUAUGUAAUGUAUGUGUAUGUUUUUUUUAUAAUGUAACAAAUUAUCAUAUAUUAUGCUAUGCAUUAUAUAAUUAUAUAUAUAUAUAUAUAUAUAUAUAUAUUGAAGAAACGGGAUAAUAUAGUAGCUUUGUGUAGGAGCAAUCGAUUAAUAAUCAACCGGUAUAAAUUGAUCUAUAAAUGCAAAUUUGAAAAAAGCGAUUCGCCUACUUAUAACUUAUAUCAUUCCUAAAAUAAUUUAUUUAAUUAAUAUUCACACAAUUAUUCUUUAUGAGCGUUUUAAUCAUAACAUUUUAAUUGAAGAAAUUCAUACAUGUACAUAUGAUACAUAGUUUUGUAUAAUUUUUUAGAAUCCAAACGAAUGGUUUAUUUAGAUCGAUGUCAUCGAUAGUCUAACAUAUUAUAAGUUAUUAAAAACUAAAGGUAAAUAUGAAACUUUAAGAAAAUAUCAAAGUGAAUAAUAAAAUUCUUUCUAUUCUUCAUAUAUGUAUAAUAUGAAGUAUAUACUAAAUGAAAUUAUUUGAUACUUAUAAUUAAUGUCACUAAGAUAUUUAAUAUUCAUAAUUAAACAAGCUGCAAUAUUGUAGAUGUAUGUAGCAUAUAUAUAAAGGCUCUUUAAUAUACAAUCAUAAAAACAAGAAAUUUAUAAAAGUCUAAGUCACAGUGUUUAUUGCACAUAUCUUGAUUAAUAUAUUUAUUUAAUAUAAAUAUAUAUUUAUAAUAUAUAUUUAUUAUUAAUAUAUUAUAUCUCCUUGAAACAUUUAUAUAUUUGUACUAUUAUUAAUCGAGAUACAAUGCAACGGUUACAACUUAAGCUCUUAUAAGUCCUUGCUUUCUCUGUGAUUAAGUAAGUUGUGAAAAAGAAGAUGCAGAUAAAUAAAAUUUCUACAAUUAUUUUAA